CUUGAUUCGGAACACAUCUUACGUCGUCCUUGCUUUUCCCAUUUUUGUGCCAAAUUUCUCUUACGACGUCGCAUCCCAGCCUGAUUUUUCACUCCCUCGAGCCCUCUUUCUUUUCGCACCGCAGACGCCAAGAAAAAAAGUUCUCUAUCGCUCUCUCUCUCUAAAAAGUGACUCUUUUCGUCUCGUACGCUUCUCUCUCUAGCCAAUUUUCUCUCUCCUGUCGCCGGCAAGCUCGCCGGAAAUCAUCGUUGUUCUCUCUCUCUUUCCCGAUCGAACCAUCCGAUUUCGCACCGGGAUCGACUAAUUCUAUAGAUACAUAUUCUGAUAUAUAUAUAUAUUUGUAUACACAAAAGUAUUCACUUUGUUCUUGGGCUAUGGAGGAUUGUAUGAGUAGUGAAGAAGAUUAUUGCUACUCCGGUCGUGACUCCCUCGAUGGAAUCGAAAACGAAGAGUCUGAUGUCCAGUGGGCCCCUACGAAGGGUCCUUCCAGUAAGGUAAUCACGAAAGAGUCUCUUUUGGCUGCACAGAGGGAUGAUUUGCGUAGAGUGAUGGACUUGCUUUCUCUAAGAGAACACCAUGCACGGACUCUACUUAUUCAUUACCGCUGGGAUGUUGACAAGUUGUUUGCAGUGCUUGUGGAGAAGGGGAAACCUUGCUUGUUUGCCGAAGCAGGUGUGACUGUGGUUGGAAAUCAUGAUUUUGACUCACCGCCUUCUUCUACGGUAAUGUGCAAUAUCUGCAUAGAGGAUGUACCUUGUAAUGAUGUGACAAAAAUGGACUGUGGCCACAGCUUUUGCAACAAUUGUUGGACAGGGCAUUUUAUUGUGAAGAUAAAUGAGGGUCAGAGCAAGCGUAUUAGGUGCAUGGCACACAAAUGUAAUGCUAUUUGUGAUGAAGCUAUUGUCAGAAAUCUUGUUAGUAAAGAGCACCCUGAUUUAGCUGAGAAAUUUGAUCGUUUUCUUCUUGAGUCAUAUAUCGAGGAUAAUAAAAUGGUUAAAUGGUGCCCAAGUACUCCUCAUUGUGGGAAUGCGAUACGUGUUGAGGAGGAUGAAUUUUGUGAGGUUGAAUGUUCAUGUGGUUUACAGUUCUGUUUCAGCUGCUUAGCUGUAGCACACUCACCCUGUUCAUGUUUGAUGUGGGAGCUAUGGACCAAGAAGUGUCGCGAUGAAUCAGAAACAGUUAAUUGGAUUACAGUUCAUACAAAACCUUGUCCAAAGUGUCACAAACCUGUGGAGAAGAAUGGUGGCUGCAACCUUGUGAGCUGCAUCUGUGGGCAAGCAUUUUGUUGGCUUUGUGGUGGAGCCACUGGCCGCGAUCAUACUUGGUCGCAUAUCAAUGGUCACAGUUGUGGUCGCUAUAAAGAAGAUCGAGAGAAGAAUGCUGAGCGUGCAAAGCGGGACCUCUAUCGUUACAUGCACUAUCAUAAUCGCUACAAAGCUCAUACGGAUUCCUUUAAACUUGAAUCAAAUCUGAAGGAGACUAUAAAAGAAAAGGUGUCGAACUCGGAGAAGAAGGAUUUGAGACUUAGAGAUUUCAGCUGGGUUACUAAUGGACUUUACAGGCUCUUCAGAUCAAGGCGGGUCCUUUCAUAUUCAUAUCCAUUUGCAUUUUAUAUGUUUGGAGAUGACUUGUUUAAGGAUGAGAUGACAAUGGAAGAAAGGGAAAUAAAGCAACAUCUAUUCGAGGACCAGCAGCAGCAACUUGAGGCAAAUGUUGAGAAGCUAUCCAAGUUUAUAGAAGAGCCAUUUGAUCAGUAUGACGAGGACAAAGUCAUGGAGAUAAGGAUGCACGUUAUCAAUCUCUGUGUGAUCACUGAUAACCUCUGCAAGAAAAUGUAUGAAUGCAUUGAGAAUGAUUUGUUGGGUUCACUCCAAUUUGGUAUUCACAGCAUAGCUCCAUACCAGUCAAAAGGCAUCGAGAAGGCAACUGAACUUUCUGUCUGUUGGAACCCUAUACUCACUGACACUCAAAAAUGUUCAACUUCAGAUUAUCACAUAAAUGGAAUCAAAACAGCAUCUGAGCGACCUUCAGGCUCCGGGAGUUCAGAUGAAAGUGGAUGCUCGUCACGGAAGCGUCCUAGAAAGGACAGUAUUGGCUGCAGCAUGAUAGACCUCAACUUGCCUGCAGAGGUCAUUGACCGUAAUUGAUCAUAAGAGUUGCUGUUGGUUACAAAUGUAAGUGUACAGCUCUAACUUAAAAGCGGCUCCGUGUCUCUCUGAAAUGAUCAUUCAUGGAUGAAACACCAGUUGUUUUGCCCCUUUUUUUAUCAUUUAAUUUUCUCCUUGAUUCGUCAUUCCUCCAUCUUUUUGCCGUACGAAAAACUAGGACGUGUCUUAUUUUUAAAAAUAUUUGAGUCUUUUGAAAAUUGUAUUUUGUACAUAGCGUCUCAUUGAUCUUCUAUCCGUAUAAAUCUGUGUAUUCUCUAUUUUGAGACUUGAGCAACAAUGCUAUAUACUACAUCUCUUCGAGAAAGCUUGCAAACCUUUGGAGGAUGGAAUUAUUGGAUAUAUGUGUGGAUAAAUACUUGAUUUCAGUUUUUGUAGAA